AUGACACAUUCAAGUCGUGAUUUGAACUUGAAUGAUGUUUGGGCCAGAGUAUCAGAAGGUAUUGAACGUAUAUAUCGAAUUCGAAAAAUGUCACCUCACACCUAUCAUGAGCUUUAUACUCACGUUUACAAUUAUUGCACAAAUAGUACAACACAAGUAUUGUCACCACGACAACCAUUAAGACGAGCACAAAAAGUAGGUAGUAAUCAACGACAAAAUAUUGUACAUAAUGGAGCGAAUAUUAUUGGUGGUGACUUGUAUGCUAAAUUGAAAAAUUAUUUAAAAUCUUAUUUGGAAAACAUUUGUGAAGUAAGCUUAUUCGACUUAGAAAAGUUAAAUAAAAAUAAAUUUAUAAGACUAUAUGCAUGUUUAAGUUAAUGCUUACAAUGAAAAUUUAUAUUUCUUUAUUUUUCUAUCAUGAAAAUUUCUAGAAUCUUAUGAGAAUUAUAUGAAUCAUCAUAUUAUGUAAAAGAGAAAUACGUAAUAAAUUUUUAUUUAAAAUAUUGUAUUAAUGGAAUAGAUUAUACAAAAACAAAAGCAUUUUUAUCAACACAAAUCUAUAAGUGUGAGGGAAUGUCUUCAUAAUAAAAAUUUUCGAAUAUAAAUAAAUUAAAGAAAGAAAUCUUAACUGAUAGUUAAGAUAUAAAAUUUAUUCCUUUCUUUUUACUUGUAAAAUUGUAUGAAUAAUAAUAAUACAUUAUCGAAAAUGACGUGUCACUGUUUGUUGAUGCAAAAGGAAGAAAAAACUCAUGGAUGUCUUGUGAGUUAAAAUACUAAAAACAGUCUCGGUUUUUUUCAAAUCAUGAAUGACUUAUUUUCUUUCGACGUUUCUUACUUCCUUCUUUUUACAAGCUGCUAUUUUGAACAAAAAAAAAGCAAUAUACAAUACUUUCUGAUGAAGAUUUCAGGAGAAGAGAUGUCAUACAAGAUCGAAAUAUUCGAAAUUAUAGAUAGUACUCAAAGAAAUAUACAUCGUACAAACAACUGUUACUGUUCAAUUCUUUAUUGAAUAUGGACAGUACUGUGUGAAAGAUCAUAUUCAUCUUGUCCUAAAUAGAUAUUUUCUAUUUUCAUAGUUUUAAAUUGUUCUUUCGAAAGAACAGAUUUGAUAAAACUUGGAUAAUUGUUUUGAUUGAUUGUAUAAUCAUCAUACUUAUAUCAAAUAUUCAAUGGAAGAAACUCAAUAAGUUUCUUUGAUAUUUUUUAUAGUUUUGUAAGUCAAUAAUUUAUUAUAUUUAUAAUAUGAGAGAAAUUUUAUAUGAUGUCCGAACUUAUCCGUAGCAACAAAAUAUUUUAUUCUUGUUUUUUUUUUUUCAUUGAUAUCAUUCGUGUACUUAUAAGUAUAUUAUUAUGUUAUUAUGAUAGUCAAGUUAACUGUAACCUUUGAAUAUCCUCAUUCGGAUCAUGUCAAUAGUUAUUUAAAUUAUUUUAUUGACUUUGAACUAUUCUUUUCAAUCUUUAUAAAAAUUAUUUCAAAAAAAAAAUAAUUUAGUUAAAGAAUUUGUUAAAAGAAAAAACAUCUAAAAAAAUGUAUUGUUUAACAGAUGAGCUAGUCAUUUUAUACCAAUGAAAGUAAAUUAUAGAUAGUAAAAAUUUAGUGAAAUAGUCAUAAGUUAUUGUCAAGGCUUUACAUUUUACUUAUGUUUUUUGAGACGCACUUAAAUGUAUAAGCUGGAAAUAAAUAACUCAUGCGUAAAAUCAUACUAUCGAAGACAACUUUAUUGUCAUUUGUUAUUCCAAUAUCCCUUAUAAGUUCUAGUAGAAUUACUGACGGUCGAAAUCAUAGAAAGUAAUGUAAAGCUAAAAAAAAAAGGAAAUGAAGUAAUUAACGGAAGAUAUGAUUUAUCUUUACGUCAUCGUUAAUGCCAGACAGUUCUAUAGUGUUAGGCAAAAAUAAAUAUAUAUUUCACUCUCAGGUAUAUGUAACAACUACAAGUAACACAUUUUUUCGGGAGUAUUUUUUAAUCAAAAAGAAGUCUUUUUUGGUGUUUUUUCGUCUUUCUCGAGUCUCACCCUGUGCUAUAUAAAAGAGUGCCACACUUGCUCGUGAUCAUUAUAUUUCACUCUCAGGUAUGUGUAACAACUAUAAGUAAUAGAUUUUUGUUGGAUUAUUUUUGAAUCAAAAAAGUCUUUUUUGCUGUUAUUUCGUGUUUCUUGAGUCUCACCCUGUACUAUAUAAAGGAGUAGUACACUUGCUCGUUGUUAUUACAUUUCACACUCAGGUAUGUGUAAAAACUUAGAAUAACAGAUUUUUUUGGGAGAUUUAUUUCAUCGAAAAUAGUGUUACUUAUUUUUUUGAAUCUUUUUUGGGGUCCAAUCCCUGAGUAAGAGAUAGGCUGCACUUUGGACUGGUGCUCAUGUAAUAUGAGAUUUUGAUUUGAGUACCAAGUAAGAAGAAUAUAUUUAUGGGAAAGCAUUAUUUAAUGAAAGCUCUCCAUUUUUUACUGUUUUAGUUUCCGUAUGGUGUAUAUAUAUUGAGGUGACUCGAAGGUAUCUGGUGUUAGGCUUAAAAAAGAACUGUGAAGUAGAAAGAGUAGCUCUAUAUUCGAGUGAAUCAUGUGUAGCUGCAGAAACCGAUAUCAUUUAUGGCGUUUCAUAUAUAUUGUUUAAGAAAAGAUUCUUUGAAUUACCGGUACAUUAAGGAACGUUUCCAGUAUGCUAGAGGGUUCGAAGGAAAUCGGAAUGGCGGACGCCUUUUUUCAGGAUACUUCGUUUCCUUCCAUAAUAUGCAAAAAGUAUCGGCAUAUGCAUGAUUGUAUGGUGGUUGUAAAUAAGAAAAAUCAUUUCUCCUCUUUUUCACAUGUUAUUUGAAAGUUUUUUAGCUGUCAGGAAGAUCUAAGAUUAACUCAGCACAUGACUGAGAACAAUAUGUUUUCGACUUUUUUCCAACUAAGGAAUGUUCCGGGGAACAUGUUAAUGCGUGCCAAACAGAACGCUUCUUUGCUUUUCGAAAUCUUGAGCAUGAUGCUUAAAGUGUCCCGCUAUCUUUCGUAGUGCUCCUCUCCUCGCAGUUCUCUUUUUCUUACACUGGUGACAUUCAAUCACGUCCAAAGAAAACAAUCUGGACAAACUCUCAAAACUUUUUUUAUUGAGACAAAAGAAAUAUUAGAAUAUUCACGAUCCCAUCUUAUUUGCACCCAUUGCGACUUUCUCACACUUCUUGCUGCUAAGAAACACACACUCAAAAAGUCUGAAACCAGCCAACUCUCGAGGAAAGAUUUUUUUUCUUCAAAUAAAAGCACCGAAAAGUUGUCAAGAUAUAUCAAAAAAGCAUCACAACGUCUUAAAAAGUCUAUCUCUAUGGGUUUAAAAAUCCCUUUACCAUGGCUUGGAAAAGUGUCAAAAAAGUCUCAAAAGUAUUUUUCCACGGAUUAAAAUGAAUCUCACACAGUCUCGAAUACUCUCAAAAAAAAAAUUUUACAUGGAUUAAAAUAAAUCUCAAAAAAACUUAAAAAGUCUUUUUCUAUGCAUUAAAAAAAGUCUCAAAAAGUCUUUUUCUACGCAUAAAAAAAAGUCUCGAAAAGUCUUUUUCUAUGCAUUAAAAAAGUCUCAAAAGGUCUCAAAAAGUCUCAAAAGGUCUCAAAAAGUCUCAAAAAGAGACCACCGUUUACGGUCAUCGUCUACUGUGGCCUUAUUUAAUAGUAUAUACGGGCGUAAACGACAGUAAACUACCAUGUGCGUCGGUGAACGGUUGACGUUAUGGCGUAUUUACGGUCGUGUACGGUGGCCGUAUAACGCCGUAAAUGUCAUGGCGAGUUACGGUCGUAAUACGGUCCCACGAAAUACGGCGAAGAUACGGUCGUUUACGGCCGUAAUUCUGACGUAUACGGCAGUAUACGGCGCCGUAAACGGGCGUUUACGGCUGUAUAUGGUCGCCGUAAUCCUCGUUCUGGGCCUACUUCGACUUUACCUGAUUCCUCAAACAAGGUGCUUCCAGGACUGAUUACUGAUUCUUCCGAGGACCUAUUAGAAUAGAAGAAACGACGAUUUUCUCAAGAUUUUGUCAGUAUGAAGACUAGGACCUUCCUACAAGAAUUCAUUCUACUUUUUAUAUAAGUCAGCAAGGACAAUUAACAGCAAAGGCUUUGGAGUAUAGAUGUAAGGUCUUGUUUAAAACUACAGCACUACCCAAGUCUACACAUAUCUUGAUAGAAUCAUGGUUCCAGCCUUUGGAGGAUGUUGAGAUUCUGUGGCAACACUUUUCCUACGACAUUCGUGUGCGCGUGCCAAGAUACUAGAAGAAAUUUGAUAACAAUCUUGUCACAACCUUAGGAUAUCUUGGGGCAAAUUAUGUCAGAAUUAUCAAAUCGCGUAGGUGCAACGUUUUUGUUUUUGAUCGAGUGACUUUCUCAUGAAAAAAUAUAUGAAUCUCUAGAGGAUCUUUGACUUAGACGAAAAAUGUUGAAAGUGAAAAAUGUCU